AUGGAUCUCGAUGAGAUGUACGAACCACAUCUAGAUGUCACAAUGGAUGCUGAUGAUCUCGAAAUUUUAUCUAUUACACAAGCAAGCAAGCAUAUACAAGAAAACAUGUGCACACUAGAUGCUAGAAUGAAGAAUAUUCAAACAACAUUGCAUGAGCAAGAAGAGUUGCGCAAAGCUGCCGUUGAGUACUCUACCAUUAAAUUGAAGAGGAAGUAUGGAUUGGAGAAAGACUCGGAGCUUCGGCAA